AUGAUGCCCAUAAGUAGAUACCAUCGCUUGUUGUCAUUCUCUCGAUGUUAUUCUGGGCCGAACUACGUGCUGCUCAUUCCAGAAAGUGAGAAGUACUUGUUUGAUUUUGAAAAGUUAUCUCCUGAAGAGAUAGAGGCAAGUAUCCCCAAGAGGCCCACCACCCACGAGAACAUUCGUAAGCACUACUAUAAUAUCCCAGAACCAAGCUCCAUCGCCGACUUAAUACUCCAGCCAGAGUUUCAUGAUACCUUCAUAACAUCGUUGGCAGCUAAGAGGCCGUUCUCUGGAGACAAAGCAUUGAAGUUGGUAUCCAAUACUCAGUAUACUACAGUGCAGCAGCCAGAGGCCACCGCCUACCUCCGUUUCGAGAAGAAGACGUUCCACUGGAUACAAGACUUCAAUAAGUCGAUCUUUGCCUUGAAAAGUCUUGCGGAUGACGAGAAAAUACCAACCAUAGCGUACUACAAUAAAUUCAUUGAAGAGAAGAUUCUCUCAGCUAUUGCAAGCACAAGCAGAGACGACGCCAGUGUAAAGUCAAUAUAUGACUCUCUUGAUGUCUUCCGCAACCAUGAAAAGAAACUAAAUGACAGCUUGCAUCAGUCUGAAUUAACUAAUAUGGUUACUUUUGACCAUCUUCUGUUGCACUUGCUCAGAAAUUCAAUCCUGUCAAAUGCCCACCCAACAGAAGCCCUGGGCGGCCAUGUGGUCGACCUUAUUGAACUUUUGACGUUCAUAGAAUCAAAUUUAACUCUUUGCUCAUACAAAAAUGGUAUAUUACCCAUGCUUGAGUUGUUGAUCCCUUACUUGCACUCCAAUAACGACGAUUCGUUGAAACGCGAUACCUUUGACAGAUUCUACGAAAAGGUGGUGACAUUGUUUCCCAAGGCAAAGGCAGACUUGCUGCUAACGAACAUGGAUAAACUAGCAUAUAUCAGCUUUGAGUCCUCCAACAUCAGAAGAGGGUCGAAAAUCGUUAAAACGUUAAUCAAAAGGCAAAAAGUGGCAACUUCCAAACGUACAUACUUAUCGUUGCUUCAGUUUUAUGUAUACGAAAGUAACGAACUUAGCAAAGAGGCCAAAAGAACUUCAAUAUUGCAGUUUAUGUCCGACUACAAACCGUUAUUAUUCCACUAUGGUAUAGACGAACUUUCAUUUGAAUUAAUCAAGCCAACCAUUUCAACGUAUUUUGAAUUGGAUCAUUUGGUGAAAUUUAUGGAAAGCUCUAAUAAGAGUUUGCUUGCCACAGCACAGACUGAAAUAUUUGAAAUCUUACACCAGUUGCAAGGCAACGAACAUAAAGAACUGGAUAUUAUAGCCAACUUCCAAGCCUCCCAGCUCUUAAGAAGGUUGGUAGUUGAUAAUGAAAUUACUUUGGACGAAAGCACGAAAGAGCUAAUCAAGGUGAAAUACCCAAAAGUUAAUGAGACAUGUACAUAA